UCCCUUCCGCAGCUCGCUCUCCCCCGAUUCCUCCUCCUGCGACGAACUCGCGGCCCCGCCCUCGAUCUGCCCCCUCCCCCCCGCGCCCUGCCUCAAGAUCAGGCCGCCGCGCCGCCACCGACCCCCGGAUCAGGCCGCCCCGGCGCCACCGGUCUUGGAUCCGGCCGCCGCGCUGCCUACCUCUGCUCCUCACCUAUCCGCCUCCGCGCCCGCACGAGGGGAUGCCAAGCCCUCGUGCUCCUCGAUCGGCAGCCACAGUACCCGCCAUGGCCAUCAUGGACAGCAGCCAUGCGGCAGGAGCUCGCCACCGAAGUCCCCCAAGCACCGUACGCCCCGAAUCUGGCUGGGAACCGGACGAGGCCGAGCCCUCGCGCCCAGAUCCGCUGCAGCAACCUGGAAGUUCGCCGCCGCCACCUCGGGCGGUUCAACUGAUGCACCGCCGCCCUCACCUCCCUCCCCGACAGACGCGCCGUCGUGACUCCACCUCCUGGCUAGGCCACCGCGAGCCUCCACCUCCCGGCUUCCCGACGCCGCCCCGUUGGCCUCCUCCCGCGGCCCCACUUAAUCAAGCCCCGCCGUCUUCCCCGUGCGAGCCAACCAGGCCUGACGGCCACCCCCGCAAGCACCCGUCCUCGAUGUUCGCUUGGUGGAGACUAGGAGCAGCGACAGAGACGCCGCCCCGAGGCGGAAUCCCUGCCUCCGCUUGGUUCCGUCCACAGCAGCACACCACAUCUCCCCCGUCGUCCACCUGCCAUGUUCAUGUCCACAGCUUCCAUUUCAGCCAUUGAAGCUGUAGAUGGAGCGCGACAUGCAGCAGUGUCGCCCCAACAGGCAUGCAACGCCGACGACGACAGGGUGUGGCGUGCGUCUGUCCGGCAUGCUGGGUGUGGUGCCGAGGGGGCAACAGUUUGAAUUGGCUGGGGGUUAAAGUUCAGGUAAUGCUAUUGUCUGGUGGCAAAGGACCAUGCAGGCUGUUUCGUUACUGAAAAAACGCGUGACGCAAGGAACAAGAUUUUUUCAAUAAACUCCUACUCUUAUUCUUUUCCCCUUCGGCUUUCUCUGCCAUGGAUGUGUGCAUGCGUGCUAUGUGCGUGAGUGCGCUACAGCAAUUUGUGUAAAUGAAGCAUUUUCAAUUGGGCAAAAUUAGUUGAUGGUUGUAGAAGUUCAGACAUUUGUAUUGGUGACGUUCAGUAAUUAUAGAAUGAGAAGUAGCGUGUGCCGUCUUGUGCCCACAA